AUGACUCCUAGGACUUCUGCUGCAGGGGAAGAGCCGAAGAGAGACAACAUGAAAUACCUCAUUGCACCUUCCAUUCUUAUGACCAUCUUUCUAGUUCCAACUCUGGCACUGAUGAACACUAGUGACAAUCAUCCUCUGGAUGGUUCUGUGGGGACCCAGACCAUCCAUGUUGAUGUCCUACGAGGUGUGGUCAGCAUCCAAGACAACAACAUUCUGAGUGAAUGGAACGGAAUCAUGGACUACAGGAAUGCCCUCCUGGCAGCUAAGCUGUUUAGUAAGAUGGCCUGUGUCCUGGCCAAGAUGGACCCAGAAGCCUUCCCAAGUUUGGAUGAUAUUACCCAGGCCCUGGGCAAACAGGCUUCCGGUCACUACCCACCCACGCACGGACUGACCUACACAGUUUUACCCAGCCGAAUCAAAAACUUGGCCCAAUACGGAGUGCCAGUCAAAGACCUGUGCAGAGCGGUCCCCACCUACUUUGCUCGGCAGCAAAAAGAAGGUACCGCCCUGGCGAUGGACCCAGACUCCUGUUCUGAGCUCCAGCUUCUGUCCUUCAUGGGACUGUCCAUCUGCGGUGAGAUCCCUGGGCUCUGA